AUGACAACAUUUACAUAUGGUGGAUUUAUCACAACAGAAAAGAAUGAAACAACAUAUAUUCUUAUUUUAAAUACAAAUGUAUUUACAUCGACAUAUCUAUUUUAUACACGUCAAGAUCAACAAUUUGUUAUUCAUGUACAAGUAUGUAACGCUGAUGGAUCCAUGUGUACAGUUAAUUUAACUAAUAAUCAAACAACAACACUAUUGAGUUCUUCGUUAUUAUUACUUUUACCAUCAACAUAUGAUGAUAGUCCAUUACUUGAUUUAUUAUUCAAUACAACUAUUAAACAAAAAUAUGAAGAUAAACAUUCACAUGUACACGAACAAAUUAAUACUACACUAAAUUCAGAAAUGUUUUAA